AUGGAAUGGAGUACCGAUGACAUUAGUAAAUGGUUAACAGAAAAUAAUAUGGCAAAAUUUGUUGAAAAAUUCACUGACGAAGAAAUUGAUGGAUGCGUACUCUUUGGCUUGUCUGCUGAAAAUAUCGAACAAUUAUUACCAAUUGAAACUGAUGGUGUUAUUAAAAAAUCAACAAUUGGUGCUAAAAUUAUUUUCGAAUCUAAAUUACGAGAGUUGAAAAAUGUGCAUCAACCCGCUGCUAGUGAAGUAAUAAAUUUAAACUUAAAUGAUACAGAAUCGGAGGAAUUUUUUCGACAAUUUGGUUUAUCCGAUACGAACUCUACAUCAACAACAGCUUCGAGAAGCAUAGCUUUCGCCUUCACUUACAAUGCCUGGUUCGCAGCGAGAUUCGUAUCACCGCGUCGAAAAUUUCCUCUGCAAUAUUUGUUGCCGACCUUUGAUCAUCAAUUCGAACUUGCGGCUCAACAACCAACACCUGUUGACUUUGGUCCUCGAUGUUCCAAAAAACAACAAUUGGUGAAAACAAUCAGAGAUGAUGUAGUAAACAAAUAUGGAACUGAUUAUUAUCCAACACCAGCUGAAUUUGAUCGUAUGGUUGUAGCCGUAAAAAUUAAAUAUCUACAGUUAUGUCAUAUAUUUGGUGAUGAUAUGGUUAGUGCAGAAGAAAAUAAUCAGCCAUUAGAAAGUGCAAUGAAACUGGAAGAACAAGCACAAGAUAUGGCUUUUAUGAUUCAUAAUUCCAGUUAUGAUUUGUUACAUAUCAAAUCUAAAAUGGAUCUUACUUAUUCCCACAGACAGCAUUUACUUAGUCAAGUAAAACCAUUUGAAGACACAGUUGAAUCAUAUCCAGCAUUGAGAAUUCCAUCAAUAUGUAUACGCGAAAUCGAUACCCAUUGUGGUCCGUAUGGUGGAAGUAUUAUCGAUGGAUUAAAGUCACAUUGUAAGAAAUUAGCUGCGUGUUUAGCUGAGAAGUCACAAAAAGAAAAUAUUGAUGAAUAUUGGACUGAAGAGCCGUUUAUAGUAUUAGAUUUUAUCAUGAAAAGAUUUAAAGAAUCGAAAAAAUUAAUGUUGAAUUAUGAACCGUUAGACGCAUUUCCAAUGUUACAAAUGCAAACAACAAAUGGCGUCAAACGUUAUUCAUUAGUAAUAGAAUAUAAAACAUUAUUUACAAGUGAUAAUCACCUGGAAUCAUUGGCCAGUUUAAUUGGGUCAUUUGAAAUUUUUAAUAUACAGUAUCCUGUGAAGUUACAAUCAACACUUGAAGUAUUAAACGGCUUGGCGUUUGACAAACGAACAUUUCCAACCGGUUUGGCAUGCAAACGAUUUUUUAAAGAAUUUCAAUUACAACAUUGA